AUGGCAUUUCGGGCACGGUCAACAGCUCUGGUGCACCAGAGUCGCGCGCUUCGAUCUUUUACAGGUCGGGCUCGUGGUUUUGCUUCUGUUGCUGAUAACACACGACCAUACGAUGUCGUUGUUAUUGGAGGCGGCCAUGCUGGAUCCGAGGCAUGCGCUGCCGCUGCUCGUUCUGGGGCGCGCACUGCGCUGGUAACGCCAUCCCGGGAAAACAUUGGCGUUUGCUCCUGCAAUCCCAGCUUCGGUGGUAUUGGAAAAGGCACAAUGAUUCGCGAGGUGGAUGCGAUGGACGGUGUGGCUGGUCGCAUUAUCGAUAAGGCUGGUGUCAUGUUUCGAAUGUUGAAUCGCUCCAAGGGUCCUGCGGUUUGGGGACCGCGUGCGCAGAUCGACCGCGACCUCUACAAGCGGUAUAUGUCCGAGGAACUGAAUAGCACCGAGAAUCUCAGCAUUGUGGAAGGAAAAGUGGCAGAUAUUGUUCUCUCGACGGAAGGGAUUGAGGGCACACCUGGUGCGCAGGGCAAGAUUGUGGGUGUGCGGUUGGAAUCUGGAGAGGUUAUUCCUACAGGCCGUGUGGUCAUCACGACCGGAACCUUCUUGGGUGGUGAAAUUCACAUUGGAAUGGAUGUCUUCCCCUCAGGUCGCAUGGGUGAGGCACCCACGUACGGCCUGAGCAAGUCUCUCCGCGAUGCAGGCUUCCAACUCGGACGUUUAAAGACCGGCACACCACCUCGAUUGGAUAAGAAGACGAUUGACUUCUCUGCGUUGGAGAUUCAGAAGGGUGAUUCACCACCUCAUUCAUUCUCUUACCUCAACAACAGUGUUGAAGUGGGUGACGAAGGCCAACUCACCUGCUGGAUGACCCACACCAACGAGGCUGCUCAUGAAAUUAUCCGCGCCAAUCUCGACAAGUCCAUUCAUAUCAGAGAGACCGUCCGCGGACCGAGAUAUUGCCCAUCAUUGGAAUCCAAGAUCAUCCGCUUCAAGGACAAGCCCCAGCACCAGAUCUGGCUUGAGCCCGAAGGCUUUGCGCCAAACGAUGUCAUCUAUCCUAAUGGCAUUUCCAUGACUGUCCCUGAAGAUGCGCAGUAUGCUAUGCUACGAGUGAUUCGUGGUCUCGAGAAUGUGACUAUGUUGCAACCAGGCUAUGGCGUGGAAUAUGACUACAUCGACCCUCGCAACCUUCGACCCACACUCGAAACGAAACUGAUCAGCGGUCUUUACCUGGCUGGCCAGAUCAACGGAACCACAGGCUACGAAGAAGCAGCAGGACAGGGCAUUAUUGCAGGCACAAACGCUGGACUCGAGUCGCAGAACCGAGCACCCUUGACCCUCACCCGUUCGGACGGUUUCAUUGGAAUCAUGAUCGACGACCUCAUCACAAAGGGUGUAUCAGAACCAUACCGCAUGUUCACAACUCGAAGCGAGUACCGCAUCUCAACACGUUCUGACAACGCCGACCUCCGUCUAACACGGAUGGCCCGUGAAGCUGGUGUCGUCUCAGACAAGCGCUGGCACGCGUUCUCCGAUACGGAGACUCAGAUCAAAGAACUCCAGGCUCUGCUGGGUGAUACCAAGCUCUCUUCCGCGGCCUGGUCUCGCAAAGGCUUCAAGACGCGCUCUGACACCUCUGUUCGCUCAGCGCUAGACAUCCUCUGCCUGGAUGGUGUUGACAUCGAUGCCCUUAUCCCGACUAUCGAGACUUCCUCCGGUACAGCAUUCACUCCCAACUCUUUCCCACCUGAGAUCCGCACCCGUGUGGCUAUUGAGGGUCGCUACGCACCAUACCUCAAGCGCCAGGAGAAGAUGGCAAUGCGGUUCCAGCAGGAUGAGAACCUCCUCUUGCCCGCGGAUCUGGACUACAGCCAGAUCUUCGGUAUCAGCACCGAGGAGAAACAAGCCCUAGAGCGCGUGCGGCCAGUCAGCGUGGGCAUGGCCAAGCGUAUCGAGGGCGUCACUCCCGUCGGUGCCUUGCGAUUGCUGAUGCAUGUUCGGAAGGGCAGCGGGUUCUCCAAAGAGACUGACGGUGAGGAUUCAGUGGGCGAUGUGCUCCGGUCAUCGCCUUGA